AAGAGGAACACCUCUUUGUCUAACCCACAAGAUAAAAAUGGUUUGUCUUUUUUUUUCUUGCGGGGACCCUACCUCUUUUUUUGUAGGGAGCAGGAACCCUACCUCUUUGUCUAACCCAUAAUAUUUGAACCUCAAUCUUGCUGCUUAAUUGUUAAAGGCUUACUCUUGUUGAAACCACUAUACUUUGCAACCGUGUCAAAGACAAUCUGCUAUGUUCAUAGACACAUGCCCGUCAGCUGACGAUUUGAGAGGUCCGGCUGUAGAUACUUUGAGCGUUCACAGACACAUGCCCAUCAGCUUACGAUCUUCUCCUUCCAAGUGGGGAACUGUGACUCUGUGAGGUGGACUUUUUGUACAAAGCAAUAAGAAUUCGAGACCUCCACAAAGUCGUGAAGUGGUACGCGUGCAGUUGCAAUCUCCAAAGUCUGUUGUCAUGCUUCUGUACAUCAUAAUAAUCAGAAUAAUUUGUAAGAGAAGAUUUGCAUCUGAGUAGCAGCAAACUAUAAUAGCAUCGACGCUGAAAUGUUAUUAGCCACAUGUACAAUGAUCCAUGACAUAUAUGCACUCCCAUUGAAAUACAAUGACACUCUACUUGACACGAAAUAUUAUAGCCACUCAACUACCAGUGAGACACCGGUAGUCAACACUCGACUUAACACGGCAUCAGAAAUUUAAUAUUCAACAAAAAAUAAUAUUAUUAGCAACUCAGAAAAAAAUUAGGUGGCAUCAAAAUGACAUCACCAAAAAAUUCAAACAGAAAUAUUCAAUAAACUGACAGAAUCCGAAUGGACGGCUCUUAUUUUUUAUUUAGGAAAUGGUAGUUUAGCAUGCUUUCAGAAUGGACAGUUUCAGGAAACUGUCAAACAAAAAUAUUCAGAAUGGGCAGUUCCACCACAACACCAUGCAGCAACGGUUUUUCAUACAGCAGGUACACCAAGAAAUCUCACAUGCCUUCCCUUGGCUUGGCUCUCGUGCUGCUGGUCUCUUUGGUCUCUCCGACCAGCUCCUGCACCGAGCAGGAGAAGAGCUCCCUUCUCCAGCUCCUCGCCGGGCUAUCGCAGGACGGCGACCUCACGACGUCGUGGCGGCACGGCACCGACUGCUGCACAUGGGAAGGGAUCACCUGCAACCAAGAUAGGAAGGUCACUGAUGUUUCGUUGGCUUCUCGAGGCCUCGAGGGGCCCAUCUCGCCGUUCCUUGGCAACCUCACCGGACUUUUGCGCCUCAACCUUUCCCGGAACUUGCUGUCUGGUGGCUUGCCACUGGAAUUAGUGUCAUCCAGCAGCAUCCUUGUUCUUGACAUCAGCUUCAACCGCCUCACAGGAGGCCUGAGCGAGCUGCCAUCUUCAACCCCUGCGCGGCCUCUGCAGGUACUCAACAUCUCAAGCAACUUGCUUACAGGCAUAUUACCAUCCACAACAUGGGAGGUGAUGAAGAGCCUGGUCGUUUUUAAUGCCAGUUCCAACAGAUUUACUGGUCAGAUACCAACUACACCAUGUGUUAGCGCGCCAUCUUUUGCUGUGCUUGAGCUCAGUUUCAACCAACUCAGUGGGAACAUCCCUUCAGGACUCGGUAAUUGCUCAGUACUGAAAUUGCUAGGUGCUGGCUACAACAAACUCAGUGGUACACUUCCAGAUGAACUCUUCAAGGUCACCUCGUUAGAGCACCUCUCGUUACCUAACAAUUGGUUAGAAGGAGCUCUCGAUGACAUCAGCAAGCUCAUAAAUCUGGUCACCCUUGAUCUUGGCGGGAAUGAGCUCAGCGGUAAUAUUCCAGAGUCUAUAGGUGGUCUGAAGAGAUUGGAGGAGCUGCAUUUGGAACACAACAGCAUGUCAGGGGAGCUGCCAGCAGCUCUAAGCAACUGCACAAAUCUUGUAACAAUUGACCUCAAGGCAAACCAAUUUAGCGGAGAACUUACCAAGGUCAACUUUGUAAGCCUGUCCAAUCUAAAAAAACUAGAUCUUCUUUCCAAUAACUUCACCGGCACAGUUCCAGAAAGCAUAUACUCCUGCAGCAAGCUGACUGCACUACGGCUAUCUUACAAUCCUUUCCAUGGUCAAUUGUCAGAAAAAAUAGGCAAUCUGAAGUCCCUCUUAUUCCUAUCACUUGCUAAUAACUCUCUUACAAAUAUCACAAGAACACUUCAGAUGCUUAGCAGUUCCAGGAGCCUCACCACCCUUUAUAUUGGAUGCAACUUCCUGCAUGAGACCAUGCCAGAGGAUGUCAGCAUUGAUGGUUUCCAGAAUCUCCAGGUUCUUUAUAUAAAUCAUUGUUCAUUGUCUGGAAAAAUACCUGAUUGGUUAUCAAAGCUACCGAAUUUGGAGAUGCUAUUUUUGCAAGGCAAUCAACUAACUGGACCGAUACCUGAAUGGAUCAGCAGCCUAAAUUUUCUCUUCUCUCUAGAUAUAUCAAACAACAGCCUUACAGGGGAAAUUCCAAGUGCUUUAAUGGAGAUGCCAAUGCUAGAAUCAGAUAAUACUGCACCAAAGGUCUUCUUUGAGCUGCCUGUUUGGAACAAGAACCAGUUUCUGCAAUACCUCACGCCCAGUGCUUUUCCUAAAGAGCUUAAUCUAGCCAUGAAUAAUUUCUCUGGUAUGAUUCCGGAGGAGAUCGGUCAGUUACAAGGACUAUUUUCACUUAACUUGAGCUCCAACAGAUUAUCUGGAGAGAUACCAGAACAGAUCUGCAAUCUCACGAACCUGCAGAUGCUUGACUUGUCUGGUAAUCAUCUCACUGGUAAGAUUCCAGCUGCAUUGAACAAUCUGCACUUCCUUUCCAGAUUCAACAUUUCUAAUAAUGACCUAGAAGGCCCUAUUCCAAACAUGGGCCAGUUCAGCACGUUUCCGGAUUCUAGCUUUGGUGGAAACCCAAAACUGUGUGGCCCUAUGGUUGCAAACCAUUGUGGUUCGGCAGAAGCAAGUCCAGUUUCCAUUGACCCCAUAAAACAGAUUGGUAGUGAGGCCAUCAUCUUUAUGACCGCCUUCGGUGUUUUCUUUGGAGUAGGAGUCCUAUAUGAUCAGAAAGUCUUAGCUAGACAUUUUGGCUGAAACCAUGUAACCGUUAUCACCGUUCACAAAUGGUUAAUAUUUGUAAAUAUUGAGUACAGAAUAUAAGAACAUUUGACUCUGCAUUCCAGCAAAGAAAAUCUACAGGGAAAGCACACAAGAGGCGCUCCAAUGAUAACUUAUCACAAAAAUGUCAUUUUUCAUCCUUUGUAGCCUCUCCUGCCUAAAGCUGAUUAGGUAAAGGACAUUUCAUUCCAUUCUCUCCUAGUUAAAGCUGAUUUAAUAAGAAUACUUUUCUUUAGUGAUAACCAGAAAUAAAUCUUGAUUUUCAGAAGUACUCUAGCACUUAUAUUAGAGUCAGAUGUUUAAAUUGCCAUGUGUAAAGAGCAAACCAGAAGCCUUGCCAAUCAGACCAACUUUGUGUCCCUGUUGCUGUCAAGUAGAACCCUGGAGCAGGUUGACUUUAUUUGUUCCUACAUAAGUAGGGUGCCUCGCCCGAAAGCAUCCUCUUGAACUGCCAAACUAAAUAAGUUAGAUAUAGAAACGCCGAGGAAGCACUAAUUUCAGAACAAUCAUACACUGUUUCAUGUCAGAAUUAUUUUUACCUAUUCUCCCACAAGCUAACAGUAUGGUGCAUAAGAAAGCGAAUUAGGCACAAAAUCUAUUAUCGAUUGUGAAUAUGCAUCAUGGAGAUCAUGUCACAGCAGAUGUACCAUGAUAAAAAAAAACAAUGAAAAUAUAUUCUAGGCAUGAAUAGUAUAUCAAGUUGAAAAUGUCUAGCACAGGUAGCAUAGUAUAGCAGGGGCAGGUAUAAAAAAGUGCAUCAGAUCAUCCUUGAAUUACAUAGGAAGGUAGCUUAUUCUAGUAGAAAGCCAAUUAUGUUUCAUUGCCAAUGUCAAUCGCUUCCGAGUAUUAUAGGCUAAAUAUGUCAGCUAUCCAGGCACUUAAUACUCUUAAGGACAUAAUAUUACAACCUCAAGCAUGUGAGAUCUGUUUUGCACGAACACGGCCUGCCUAAAUAGUAAAUACUAACCAUGACGGUAUGUUGUUUUGAUGUAUGAAUGCAGUUAUAGAAAAGAAUCAUUUUAUGAGUCAGAUUAGUCCAGUAUAAAAUCAUUGAGGGCCAAGGCCAGAAACAAAUAUAAGCAUCUCCAUCUCAAAAUUACACAUACACAGACCUCAUUAUUUUUUGAACAAUGACCAUUCUAGUUGGCUUGUUGGCAUGAGGUAGAGGCCAAAGCUUGCUUUACAACACUGCCUUCCAACCACAACAAAACUAUUGUCGGGAUAAAGGUUGCAAGCUUUAAAAUGAAAAGGUUUGCACUCGCUCUAAGAUACAUUUCAUGCAGCUUACUGUAAAUGAGAAAAAUAAAAUAAAAUGAUUUGGAAAAAAAACUGCAACCUGAAUUUUUGUGCAUAUGUAAAGAAGCAAAUGCCAUAUCAACAAUAUCAAUCAGCUUCAAAUACAAAACAAAUAUCCCGGGCAAGACUAGCAAAGCAUGUCACAUAUGUGUCCAUAAGUUGGGGGAUUUCAAGCAGGUCAAGCAAGGUACUGUGGUUGGCUAGUAAUGCCUGGUUGAGCUUCCCCUGUUCCAAAAUUUGCUGAGCGGACUCGACAAACUCAGUGCAACCAGAUGUUACAUUUGGUAUCCUAUUUACUUCCAACAUGGCCUGAAUCAUACUAUAUGACAGCAUCAUAUUUGGUUGGCAUAAAAGCUGCGCCAGGAGCUGGUGGAAAAUUCACCUUCCACUUGCAUAAUUCCAUUUCGCAGUGUUGGUGUGAGAGACAUUGAUUCAACAGACUUGGUGGCUGGCGGGCCGGGCUCCUAGCAGCAGCAGCAGCAGCGCUGGCUCGUCGACCCCCAGGUUGAGGUGCUCUACCACGGGUCAGAGCUUGAUGAUGGCCGGCGGCGUCGGGGGGAUCUGGCCGCUGGGCGACGUGAGACGCACCUGCGGAUUAGCCGGGGGGCGCUGGGCGACGUGAGACGCACCUGCGGGUGAGCCGGGGGCCGCAGCGGCGGGGAGAGACGCCGGUUGUACGGCGACUCGGCGGCAAGGUCGAGCGGGGUCGGGGAACGCGGCUCCGGCGGCUGCCCGCCCAGCGGCGACAGAUGCUUGCGCGCCCGAUCAGCGCCGCCGCGGGAGAGAGAGAGAGAUGCAGGAUGCAGCCAUGCGUUUCGUCGAACACUUUGCGGGCAAGGACCCGUACCACUACCA